AUGGUCAAUGAGUACUGGAUCACCCGCCGCGGGAUGGCAUACGGACUGCUAUGCAGCUCAUCGGGUGUCUCUGGGGCUGUAUUCCCGUUCGCCAUUGAGGCACUCUUAGACAAGUACGGCUACCAGACGACGCUGCGCGCUAUCGCUGUUGCUCUGUUCGUCUUGACUGGGCCGUUGAUCCCGUUCUUGAAAGGCCGCUUGCCGACUUCCGUUCACAGCACCUCGACCCGCAUGGACUGGAGCUUUCUUCGCGAUGCCCUCUUCUGGGUCUUCUCCAUUUCCAACAUUGCACAAGGCUUGGGCUACUUCUUUCCGUCUUUGUGGCUGCCGUCUUAUGCUGCAUCCAUUGGUCUUAGCGGAAGAGACGGUGCUCUUCUACUCGCUUUGAUGAGCGUCUCACAAGUCGCCGGCCAGCUCACCUUCGGUUGGCUAUCGGACAGAAAGGUGCCCCUUGAGGCACUAACCAUCGUUUCCACGAUCAUUUCAGCAACCUCAGCAUUCGCCCUGUGGGGUCUUGCCCACACCUUGCCGCUUCUCAUCGUCUUCGCCUUGGUCUACGGCUUCUUCGCAGCCGGCUUCACAGCCAUGUGGGCAAGGAUGACGACUGCAGAGUAG